AUGAUUGAAUAUUUUAAGAAGAAAUUUGUUGAAUGGGGCAUUAUUGACAAGAGUCUUAUGACUCCUUCUCUGGAACACAAUUCUGAAAAGGCAAUUCAGAAACAAACCUCUCAAGACUCUUAUCAAGACACUUUGGAACAUGGUCAAGAAACUCCAAGGUCUGAAUUUCGGAGUUCCGAUCAAAACAUUACUGCCUUUGAUAAUGUCAGCAAGGCUUUCGCUGGUAGACUUUCUGUGACCGUCAUUGAAGGACGCGAGAUUAAUGUUGCUAACUUUCAAUCAAGAGCAUACUGUGUCGUGGAAUUUGGACAAUGCGAAGUUAUUACAAAAGAAGCAAUCAGGCAAAAUAACACUUCUAUGUCACGAGGUGGAAAGUCAAUGAAUUUCUUGGAUCUUGUAAGAGCUGAUACUAGUCCUGUUUGGAAACAGAAAGCUGUCUUUGACGUUGCACAUCUGGAUGGUGAAGUUUGUGUCUCAAUUUAUGAACGUGUUCCUGGUCACGCUCAACCCGAAAUCUUUUUGGGAACGUUAAAAAUUCAACUUCCAAAACAUCCAAAUCAAAUCGUCGAUGAUUGGUUCAAAUUGUCUCCAAGAAAUAAAGAAAUUGUCACUGGUGAAGUUCACGUUCGGCUUUCUUACGAGAAAGUCGAAAAAUCUCUUCUUACGCCCUCGUCAUUCGAAAUUAUAAAAUUAAUCAGAAAGGGUAACUUUGUAAAGGUCUUUCAAGUUCGAAAGAAAGACACAAAUCGUACUUACACAAUGAAGGUCCUUCAAAAGCAAGAUUUAAUUGAACAGGGUGAAGUUGAACAUACUUCAUCCGAGAAAAAUAGUCCUAUCCAAGCUGGCCAAUGUCCAUUCUUAGUAGGUCUAAAGUAUUUGUUUCAAACAAAGUCUCAUCUUUAUCUGGUCACCGAUUUCACGAAUGGCGACGAAUUGUUUUUGAAUUUACAAAAUGAAGGAAGACUUAGCGAUGAAAGAGCUGAGUUCUAUGCGGCAGAAAUCGUUCCCACAUUAGAACACCUCUACAGUAAUGGAAUCAUCUAUAGGUAA